AUGGAAAGCAUGAAACAUGCCGCAGCUGACGGUGAGGUACAGUUUUGGGCAAUAGACGAGGCUGUCAGCGCUGUUCCCGUCCCCUCACCUCACCGUGCUCUUUUCCACUCAGCCUUCGCCGGCACGCCCCACCAAAGACGAGGAGAGGAACCCCACCAACUCACCAUCCGCCUGCACCUGCACCCUUUCACUCACCACUCGACUCCCCCCCAAGCCCACCCCUCACCUCACCUCGAACCCUCCACCUCUCUCUCUCUCUCUCUCUCUCUCUCUCUCUCUCUCUCCUCGAAGCCGAAGCUCGCCCGACCUCCAACACCAGCUCUCCAGCUCUCCAACGGCGCAAUGGCGGGCGCAAACGGCAACGGGCCCAUGGCAGUCCCGGGCGGGCGCAUCCAUGGCAACGCCAACGGCCAUGCAGCGAACCUGCGCGAGAUGGGCUUUGCAGGCCCGCGCAGUCCGCCAACCAACAAGAACACCUCUCACGUACCCUGCAAAUUCUAUCGUCAAGGCGCAUGUCAGGCUGGCAAGGCCUGUCCGUUCUUGCAUUCGGAUGAGCCCAUCACCGAGCGAGCACCCUGCAAAUACUUCACCAAGGGAAACUGCAAAUUCGGUGCCAAAUGCGCACUCGCCCACAUCCUCCCCAAUGGUCAUGUCGUCAACCGCGGCAACGCCGGUGGCCACUUCAGCCGCAUGAAUAUCCCUCACCAACAAGAAUUGCCCAUGAACAGUUCUCUGCUCACAAUGCAGGCACACAUGGGCGGCAUGCAGCCGGGCUACCCGUAUGCCAUUCCAGACGAGUACGCGAAUCAGAAAGCCCAGUAUGACAUGAUACCGACCAUCGACACGACCUUCUCGUCCCACCCUGGCUCCAACUACGGCUCGCCCCCAAACGAAAAUGGAAGACCUCUCCUGUCACCGGUGCAGAAAGGGCUCAGCGUAAUGGACGUUCCCCUGCCGGCCUCCUUUGACAGCCAAGGCAUUUCUCACAUGGCGCGAUACGGCCCAAUAGCUUCCUCAGUACCCGCAACCUUCCUUGCCAACUCUCCACCUUCCUCAUACCAGGCCGAGUCGUCUGCCUUACGAAAUCUCCACAGCUCAGCAUUCGGUGACAAUCAUCGGGCUGCAGUGUUGGGCUCGUCGCCACCCGAGUCCGUCGAGCAGCCGGCUGGGCGGAGGAUGUUGCAUUCAGAACUGGCCGCGAAUCGGUCUCGAGGCAUGUUGUCUUCCAGUGUAGGAGCACGACCGACGUACAAGGACGAGGAGUGGGAGGACCCAGACAUGAUAGGAAGGCUGGAGGAAGACCUGCUCCCUGGCUCUCUCAGCGAUCUUUUGACCCCGCAAGAAAAAAUGCGCCGCUUCUCGCGCGACCAGGGCGAACUCUCCAGGAUGGGAGCUUCGCCGAUAGCAUCGGAUGGCAAUCUUGGUUCACCGCCAGGGCAUGCAUCAUCUCCGUCACGAUAUCAAUCCCUAUGGGGCAAGUCACGACCUACACAUGACAACGGCUUCGAGCCUGGAUCAGCGCCUGGCCUUUCAGCAUUCGGACACGUUGGAUCACCGCUGCGUAACUCGAGCUUACACCCGGGGGCCAGCCCGUCUCUACGCGCCAUGCAUCGCACAACCUCAGGCGAUAUCAGCCCCUUCGUCUCAUCGCCUCCACGUCAGAGCUCAAUGAGCCUCCUCAGUUCGCAGAUGCAGCGUACCCGACUCUCAUCGCGCGAUGAAGCUGGCAUCACCAGUAGCCCAAUGCACCCAGGCAUCAACCGUGUGACUUCCGGUGGUAGUAUUGGUAGCUCGGGUGGACGACUUGGCCUCGAUCGGGCUGUUAGUAGCAGUAGCAUCAAUCGUGAGAGAAUUGACGAAGAGCAAGGCUUGUUUAGCAUGGAGGAAGAGGAGGAUCUGAACAAGAUCAAGGACGGGGCAUCGACAACCUCGAGCACGAGCAACAAGCGUCUUAGCGGUCUGUCGUGGGGCAGCGGCGGCAAAGGAAGCCCCAAUCUGGCACCCGUCGGCGGCCACCGCGCCGCUGCUUCUUCUGGCCUGGCCAAGGCACAAAACUGGCCUCUUGACCGCACUUGA